CCCAUUUCAAGUCAAACCAGAAACAGAACUCAAUUGAAAGCCCAAUUCCUUUUUAUUCCAAUCCCAAUCCCUAAAGUUUCUCCUUCCCGUACCCUCCAUAGCUACCCUCCCGCCGGCCAAAACCCACCGCCCCGGCCAACAUCCACCGCCUCUUCGCUUCCUCCGAUGCCCAAUCCUCGUCUGAAUUUCCAAUAGUGUUGUCCCCUUGUUUCUUCAGAUUUUCCUGUUCCGUGAAUUAGAAGUAGGGUUCGGCGACGGCGGCGGCAAUGGGGAAGGGGCUCCUCUAAUGCACCCGGCGUGGAAUGUUGGAGGAGACCGCCGUCGUCGAGGCUCGUGAAUUGCUCUUCCCCCGUCGAGCUAUUCAUCGCCUCGAUACUCCUGCCGCCGUCGAUUGAUUUCAUAUUCAUUUUUCGUUGGAAAAAAUAAUAAUAAAAGAACUCCCAAGUUUUAGAUGCGCGCAAGCAGGAGAUUCGUGAGAUUAUUGUCCCCAUUAGAGUCCUCUGUUCACUGUUAUAAGUGGUGCGUAUUCAUUUCCGUGGUGUUAUUUUCUUGUUUUGGGGUGGUUUCUACGGCAGCAAGAAUGAGAGCGGAUAUGGUUGCUGGCCGAGGCGGCUGCAUCGGUGGCGGCGUUGGUGGCUAUGGAUUGGUAUUGGCUUCUCCUUCUUCCUCUUCUUCUUCUAGUCAUAAUGAUGCUACUUAUUAUCCCGCAAUAGACCGGCCCCGAGAGGCUGAUUUUGUAGAGAAGGAUCCUUCUGGUAGAUAUGUUCGUUAUGACGAGGUUUUGGGCAAGGGUGCUUUUAAAACAGUGUACAAGGCUUUCGAUGAAGUAGAUGGUAUAGAAGUGGCAUGGAACCGGGUAAAGAUUGAUGAUGUUAUGCGGUCAGAAGAGGAUCUGCAGAAACUGUACUCAGAGGUACAUUUAUUGAGAUCACUGAAGCACGAAAGCAUCAUUUCAUUGUACGAUUCUUGGGUGGACGAGAAGAAGAAAACUAUCAACAUGAUUACCGAGCUCUUUACAUCUGGGAAUUUGAGACAGUACCGAACAAAGCAUAAAAAUGUUGAUAUGAAGGCAGUCAAGUGCUGGGCGCGGCAAAUUCUCAGUGGCCUAGUCUACCUCCACAGUCAUAACCCUCCUGUAAUUCAUAGGGAUUUAAAGUGUGACAACAUUUUUGUUAAUGGCAAUCAUGGAGAAGUCAAGAUAGGAGACCUAGGAUUGGCCAUUGUCAUGCAGCAGCCUACUGCUAAAAGUGUCAUUGGAACUCCAGAAUUUAUGGCUCCAGAACUUUACGAGGAGCAAUACAAUGAGCUAGUAGAUGUGUAUUCCUUUGGGAUGUGCAUGUUAGAGAUGGUUACUUUCGAAUACCCUUAUAGUGAAUGCAAAAAUCCAGCUCAAAUCUAUAAGAAGGUUACUUCCGGAAUCAAACCUGCUUCACUUAGUAAGGUUAGCGAUCCACAAAUGAAGAAGUUUAUUGAGAAAUGUCUGCUUCCUGCAUCUGUCCGUUUGUCAGCAAUAGAACUUCUAAGAGAUCCAUUCCUUCACCCUGAGAAUUCACUGUCAGCAGCUCGUGACCCCUUGCCCUUGCCUAAACAUUGUGUUGUAAACCCCAUCACUGUACCUCCUAAAUCUGGUACAUUCUCCAUGGAAUUGGUUAGUAAUUCCAGCAAGCUUUCUUUCAGUUCGUGUACAGAGAGCAACCUUGGAAGUCCUAGGUUGCCAACUAUUGAGCUUAUAAGGGUGCAUAGGAACAAUGAGUUUAGAUUGAAAGGGAUGAAAAAUGAAGACAACUCGGUUUCAUUGAGCUUGCGUAUUGCUGACUCUUCUGGCCAAGUGAAGAAUAUUCAUUUUCUGUUCUAUCUCGAUAGUGAUACUGCAGUAGCUGUAGCAGCUGAGAUGGUUGAACAACUGGAGCUGGCAGAACAUGAUGUGGCCUUCAUAGCUGAGUUUAUUGAUUACUUGAUGAUGACGCUUCAUCCCGGCUGGAAGCCCUCGUCCGCUUGUUCCUCAAGUGGUGCGUUUAGCUGUUUGGUCGAGUCCCCAGUUCAACUAAAUAGUAGAAACUCGUCUUCUUGGAAUGAUUCUAUGGUUACUAAGAGUCCUCCCCCCGAAGAAUCGGCCAAUAUGGAGCAAGAUUUGGUCUCCAGGUUAAGUGUGGGAAAUCAAUAUUCUCACCUUGAAGAUGGGUUCUCACAACUACAAUUCGACUACAACUCUUCUCCAAGUUUGGCUCACAUGGACGAUCAAGGCUCUUCAUCACACGGAUCAGUUGUCUCAGAAUCAAUUAUUGAAGAUGCUUACUUGAAUGACAAGGAAACAUUUGGACACCGUGGCUACGAGAGUGACGGAGGAUGUUCCCAAGGCUUAGCUGGGCGUGGUUCCCAGUUGGAGCUCAUGGAUCCAUAUUUUGCCUCUCAAUCUAGAAAAAUAACAGGCAACAGUAUUGAAUCCACCACUAUUAUUGAUCAAUCCGUGGUGAAUGCGGAUUUGUCAUUUCCCCAGUUGAGUACACCCUUGUCCGACGACAUGGUGAUCUUGGCUAGCAAUCAUUCCUCUGCGGCCUUGCUUGAUACAGAUCCUGAGGAAGAGAUGAAGGAGGAAAUUGAAGCUAUUGAGGCACAGUAUCGGUGUUGGUUUCAGGAGCUUGCUCGGAUGAAGGAGAAAGCAGUGCAGGUGAGCAGGGAGAGAUGCAUGGCAAAGAAGAAGCUCUCUGUUUACUGAUUAUUAUAUUUCUAAGCACGCAACAGAUUGUUUUUUCACAUAGCAAAUUUUAUUUUCCCGAACUUCCCAAUUGAAAUGACGUCCUGUUUGUUGAGGUUACAGCUCUUUUUUGAGUUAGCUGUGAUCUUUGUGGGGCAUUAACUUUGUGCUCCACUAAACAAUAUUUGACGUUGUAGAGGAGGUAAGUAUGGAAAAUUUGCUUGUGGUAUCAUAAAGAACAAAAACUCGGUUUGUUAAAUGGUAUUGUCGUCCUCCCUGAGUCUGAGUUCGGAAAGCGUGUUAAAUAUAGCACCUGCCAAACAAAUGAUGAGUGCACCAAUUGAAAUGAAAUGAAUGAGAAAGUUGUUGGUAGAACAACUUAUAUAUCAAAUUAUACAGCAUUGUGUUGACUUAUAUAUUAAAUUCAGGGGCA